CGCUCAUCCGCCCUCCGCCCUCCGCCCUCGCGCCCUCGCGCCGGGGGCGGGCGCUGCGCGUGCCGGGCGGGGAAGCGGCGCGAGCCGGGCGCUGCGAACGUUCGCCGCGGGGGCGGCUCCGGGGCCUGAGUGGGCGCCGUCGCUGCCUCAGCCUAGGGGCCGGGCCGGAGCGUGCGGAGGAGUGAGGCCGCAGGAGACCUUCCCGACGACCCCUGCUCCGGCGGGGAAGUGAGCAAGGAUGAUUGAGGAAAGUGGGAACAAGCGGAAGACCAUGGCAGAGAAGAGGCAGCUGUUCAUAGAAAUGCGUGCUCAGAAUUUUGAUGUCAUACGACUAUCAACUUACAGAACAGCCUGCAAAUUACGAUUUGUACAAAAACGAUGCAACCUUCAUCUUGUUGAUAUCUGGAACAUGAUUGAAGCCUUCCGAGACAAUGGCCUUAAUACACUGGACCAUACCACCGAGAUCAGUGUGUCCCGCCUCGAAACUGUCAUCUCCUCCAUCUACUAUCAGUUGAACAAGCGCCUUCCUUCUACGCACCAAAUUAGUGUGGAACAAUCUAUCAGCCUCCUCCUCAACUUUAUGAUUGCUGCAUAUGACAGUGAGGGCCGAGGCAAGUUGACGGUAUUUUCAGUUAAAGCUAUGUUAGCAACCAUGUGUGGUGGAAAAAUGCUGGACAAAUUGAGAUAUGUUUUCUCCCAGAUGUCAGAUUCCAAUGGCUUAAUGAUAUUUAGCAAGUUUGACCAGUUUCUGAAGGAAGUUCUGAAGCUCCCAACAGCUGUCUUUGAAGGGCCAUCUUUUGGUUACACAGAGCACUCAGUCCGCACCUGUUUUCCACAGCAGAGAAAGAUAAUGCUAAAUAUGUUUUUAGACACGAUGAUGGCUGACCCUCCUCCCCAGUGCCUUGUCUGGCUACCUCUCAUGCACAGGCUUGCUCAUGUUGAGAAUGUCUUCCAUCCCGUGGAGUGCUCCUACUGCCGAUGUGAGAGUAUGAUGGGUUUCCGGUACCGAUGCCAGCAGUGCCACAACUAUCAGCUCUGUCAGAAUUGCUUUUGGCGUGGCCAUGCCGGUGGCCCUCACAGCAACCAGCACCAGAUGAAGGAGCAUUCCUCUUGGAAAUCUCCUGCAAAGAAGCUGAGCCAUGCAAUUAGUAAAUCUUUGGGAUGUGUACCCACGAGAGAACCCCCGCAUCCUGUUUUUCCUGAGCAACCAGAGAAACCACUUGACCUUGCACAUAUAGUUCCUCCUCGCCCUCUGACUAAUAUGAAUGACACCGUGGUUAGCCACAUGUCCUCUGGAGUGCCCACUCCCACCAAGAGUGUUCUGGACAGUCCUAGCCGACUGGAUGAGGAACACCGUCUUAUAGCUCGCUAUGCUGCCCGGCUGGCUGCAGAAGCAGGAAACGUGACUCGUCCUCCCACUGACUUGAGCUUUAACUUUGAUGCCAACAAACAACAAAGACAGCUUAUUGCAGAACUGGAAAACAAAAACAGAGAGAUCCUGCAGGAGAUUCAGCGUCUCCGCCUGGAACACGAGCAGGCCUCCCAGCCCACCCCUGAGAAGGCACAGCAGAACCCCACGCUGCUCGCAGAGCUGCGGCUGCUGAGGCAAAGGAAGGAUGAACUGGAGCAGAGGAUGUCGGCCCUGCAGGAGAGCAGGCGGGAGCUGAUGGUCCAGCUAGAAGAGCUGAUGAAGUUGCUAAAGGCUCAGGCCACAGGGUCACCACAUACAUCGCCCACCCAUGGAGGCGGCCGGCCGAUGCCCAUGCCAGUGCGCUCCACGUCUGCCGGCUCCACCCCCACCCACUGUCCGCAGGACUCGCUGAGCGGAGUCGGGGGAGACGUGCAGGAGGCCUUCGCACAAGGUACGAGGAGAAACCUCCGCAAUGACCUGCUGGUGGCAGCUGACUCCAUCACCAACACCAUGUCAUCCCUGGUGAAGGAGCUCCAUUCAGGUGAAACCCAGAGCUCCCAGCCAGCUUCCUGGCCUCCCCUGCCUUGCCCGCGCCCUUCUCACUUCCUCGCCAGCGCUGGCAGAACCUCACCACCCAGCUCGCACCACCCCAUUUCAUCACCUAACUUUGCCUUCUAGGAACACACUGGAUGUCUCCACUCAGAGAGCCUCUGUCACACAGGAUCGCGUAGGGGCGGUUUCACAUUCAGGCCUAUCUCAGGAGUGCAUCUUGUGGAGCAAGCUGAAUGUAGAGAAAUUCAGACCUUUGAGUGCAGGCAGGCCCCUUUCUCACUUACCUCGUCUUCCAUCUGUACUUCGUCCACAGCCACUCUCUCCCUAGGCCUGACCGACCACCUCAUUCUGAAACUUCCCUAGAGAUCUGGAGCCGAAUCAGCCAGGAAAGCUCUGGACUUUCCCCUGCUGCCUUUCUGCUCUCUCCUGUUUGACUUGGUUUUGAAACCUAUUCCCUCCUUUUGUCCGUGACCAGGCUCUGAUUUCACCUGAAGUUCAUGACCUGAGUCUGUCGCCUCUUCUGCUCCUUGUGUUCAGCUCAUCUGUGACUUCUUUCUCGGUCUCUCCAUCACCUCACCAAUUCAGUGACUUCCCAAAGACCUUUACCUCGUGACAUUUCACCUUACAUAAAACCCAGGAAAGAGAGAAAAUAAAAGGCCAUUCACGUAUCCUCCUAUCUCCAGGAAUCCCCAUGACUCUGCCAGUUACGUAGGGUCCAGAGAGUCACUAAUGAUUUCACAGCAGUGGGGUCUCCAUGUUUUUUGUUAAACUAAUGGUUUCCCUUCCUAAGCACUAUAGGUCACUCACACUGAUGGCUCUCCUUUGUUUCUUUCCACCUCAUGUAGUGCUUUUAAAUACCUUGAAGUAGCUUAACAGGAUUAUUAAAUAAAAAGAUAAAGCAGUUUUUCCACGGA